GGCCUGAAAAGGAAGCGCCCACGUGUUAAAGUACCGUAUUACCUGAAUAGCAUUUUUCAGAUAAUUGAACCAGGAAGUUGUUUCCGUAUUUGGAAAAGAUUUGCGUUUAGGUUUGACCUGACAAAAGGCAAGAUACAAUUCAUGGCACAAUCAAAAUUAUCCAGUCAUCUUCUUGUGGCUGCCUUUGACUUCGGAACAACAUAUAGUGGUUAUUCAUUUUCUUUUCGUGACGACCCACUUAAAGUACAAACAAAUCAGGGAUGGAAUGCAGGAUCAGAGAAACUGAUCUCCCUCAAGACACCGACUUGUGUUCUACUGAACGAUAAAAAAGAGUUCCAUUCGUUUGGAUUCGAAGCUGAAAAUAAAUAUGCUAGUCUCGCAGAAGACAAUAAACACAGGGGAUGGUUGUUUUUCCGACGAUUCAAAAUGUUGCUGCAUAAUAACGAGAGCUUGUCAAGAGCAACAACUAUUGAGGAUAUAAAUGGAACCAAGAUGCCAGCAAUGACCAUAUUUUCCAUGUCAAUCCGAUAUCUUAAAGACCAUUUCUUAGAGCAGCUUAAUAAACAAACAACCGGUGUGGAAGAAACAGAUAUACAAUAUGUGAUAACGGUUCCAGCAAUUUGGGACGACAUCGCAAAACAAUUCAUGAGAGAAGCUGCUGAACAGGCGGAUAUUGACAAAGAUCGCCUAAAACUUGCUUUAGAGCCUGAAGCCGCUUCCAUUUGGUGCCAGUUAGUUACAACAGAAGCAAAGGGUGCUCUUUCCGGAUCCGGCACAAAGUAUAUGGUUGUUGAUCUGGGUGGUGGUACAGCUGACAUAUCUGUUCACGAAAAGAAUAAAGACGGAACGUUAAAAGAAUUGCAUAAAUCUAGUGGUGGUCCUUGGGGUGGCAUGUACGUCGACAACAACUAUAUGACAUGGUUAGAAAAGUUGUUCGGAAAAACCGCUCUAGAGAAACUGAAGAAAGAAGAAAUGGCAGAAUAUUUUGACCUGCUAAGAGAGUUUGAAAUUAAAAAGAGAUCCGUUACGUCAAAAACAGAAGACCAUAUAAUUUUCCGAAUUUCUGCAAUCCUGAAAGAAAUCUGCGAAGAGGAAGAACAUACCUCUCUAAUGGAUAAAAUGGCGUCGCUUCAGCUUGGGAAUAAGAUUUCCAUCAGAAGAGACAAAAUGAAAAUCGACCCUGCUAUUGUCAGAAGUUGGUUUGAUGAACCGAUUGACAACGUUACCAAGCACGUAAAUAUGCUACUUUCUGAACCUGGAAUGAAGGGUGUAAGUUCAAUUAUUUUGGUUGGCGGUUUUGGAGAAAGCACGUAUGUUCAAGAGAAAAUUAAGAAAGCUGUUUCUUCUAAAACCAUCAUAGUACCAGAGGAAGCAGGCUUAGUUGUUUUGAAAGGAGCUGUACGGUUUGGUCAUGAGCCAGACGCUGUGUCUGCAAGGGUCAUGAACUUUACAUAUGGAAUUGCCAAGACAGUGUCAUUUGAUGAUACGAAAUACUCAGCAUCGUUAAUGGAAAUCAUUGGUGGCAAGAAGAAGGUUGAUAACAUAUUUGAUAUUUUUGUAAAAAUAGGGGACACGUUAAAGCAUGGCCAUGAAGUAAAGCGGAAUUAUCUUCCUGGCUCUUUAGACGAAACUUGCAUACGCAUCUAUCGUUCUACAGAUUCAAAUCCCGAGUUUACUACAGAAUCGUCAUGUAAAAAAGUUGGACAACUGGAGAUUGAACAUAAAGAGGGAAACAAACUGAAAGACAAAGAGUUUGAUGCCAUAUUGAUAUUUGGCGAAACAGAACUUAUUGUAAAAGCAAGAAUUUUGAAAUCGGGGAAGGAGUUUUAUACGAGAAUUAACUGUUUAAAAUAAUCUGAAAGCGACAACUGUGACUAAAACACUGUGCCCCCCAUAGAGCUUAAGAGUUAAAGCAACUUCAAUUACUAUAAAGUUAAAUCGGGGCUUAUAUUUACGCAUCAAAUUUCAGUUAGUGUUCUGUUGAUAUAGGGAACACAAUUUAUAUCCGUCUUUACCUUGUGUUUACAGUUAACAUACUGUUAGUUUAAAUCCACAAAGAUUUAAUGUUAUCUUUUACAAGAGAUGUUUUUUGAAAACGCUUUAUCGAGUGUACUUAUACUCACAUAAUUAUAACAUUUCUUUUUCAUAUACAUUUACAUUUACAUUACAUACAAACAACGGAUGAAAAUAUUUUCCCCAAAAGAAACAAUGAUGGAUAUCCAACAACUAAAGCCAAACUACGAAAUAACAGUUGGAACUAUUUGUUACUUACUGUGAAAAUAUUGAAGAGAAUAAACGUUUAGCAGAGGACAUUUUAUUCCUCAUCUUGAGGUCUCAUGUGAUUCAAAAAAUACACAGUGUCAUUGAUUUUGUCACUGUUAUCAGCAAACUGUAACAUUUCCUACCCAUAACAAAAUUGAUCGAAAUAUUCACUGUUACUGGUCCGCUAUAUUCAUAUCACCAUGCAACAAAGUAAAGUUUCAUUUGUUUAGUUUUAAUUGACGGAAUAGUUUUGAAUUAUAUUUGUUUGUAUGUAUCCUUACAUUUAUCGGUAUUAGUACUCCGUAUUCAAUUGUA